GCCACAGUGGCUGCUUUCUGGGCCAUGGUGCACCAGGAGAACACGCGUGUCAUCGUCACUACCACCAGGGAGAUGGAGCGAGGCCGGGUCGCAGGGGCGGGGUGCCGGGGUGCUGCCGGCAAGGCUGAUGCAAAGCGCUUUCCUCAGAACAAGUGUUUCCAGGACUGGCCAGAGCUGCCCGGCAGCCAAGAGUUCGGCCGUGUGCACGUACGCAUCCUGGGUGAGGGCCAGGCCCAGGGCUGCUGCGUGCCGGAGCUGCAGGUGUGGCGGCCAGGCCAGGAGGAGCCACAGUGUCCGGUGCAGCACUUCCAGUACUUCGGCUUGCCGGACCACGGCGUCCGGGCCGAUCCCGCCGGCGCCCUCGGCUUCCGGGACGAGGUGAACCGGGCCCAUGGUGGUGCACUUCAGGUGCAGCGGGGCGGGGCUGCGCCGGCUGUGCAGGCGCAGCGCAUCGGACGCACAGGCACCAUCAUCGUGAUUGACAUCCUGGUCUACGUCAUCAGCAGGCAGGGCGAGCCGCUCCUCUCUGGGUCCCCCCACCCUGCCCUGCUAUAGCCGCACCCCUCAGGACGACCCCACCCCUGCCGACAAGCCCCGCCCCUCAUCAGUAGCCCCGCCCCUGCCUGCCGGCACCUUCCCCCCAUCCGUAGCACCUCCUCAAGCGCGCUUGUCCCCAGGGCUGGACUGCGACAUCGACGUCCCGAAGACGAUCCAGCUGGUUUGGCGGCAGCGCUGGGGAAUGGUGCAGACGGAGGCUCAGUACAAGUUCGUGUACCUGGCGCUGCAUCAGCACAUCCAGGGCGAGCAACUGCGCCUGCGCGAGCAGGUAGGGGCGUGGCCUGUGCGGGGCGUGGCCUGUGUGGACGUCGCCAUGGUGACCGGCGGCCCCUCCCCCCAGCGCGAGCCGCUUCAGGAGCGCGAGAACCAAAACGUGGGCGCCGCCCCCCGCGAAUCGGGUUGCAGCCCCCGGCCCGCGGCUCCCCAGGCGUCCC